AGACGUUCGAGGCUGCAAAAAAGGCGGCGGAGCAGGUCCAGACCGGCGGGGAGUGCACGGAGGUUGAACGAUGUGUCAGUGCGCUUCGGAGGCUGAAGAAGAUGCCGGUGACCACGAAGGAUUUGGUGGCCACUCAGGUCUUAGUUUCUUUGUCCAAGCAGAUAACUUCUGAUGAGAACAAAGAUAAGAAGCACAUGUACACUUGUACAAAAGAAUAAGCUGAAUGAUGAGGUGGCUUCCCUCCCUCCCAAUUAAGGUUGGCAAAAAACUUCGCCUUCUGACAAAACAUUCCCAUGAUGAGAUUCGGACUGUGGCAAAUGAUUUAUUUCAGUUCUGGAAGAAACUAGUGGUUCAGGAGGCAUCAAAAGAUAAUAAGAAAUCUGAAGCCUCGGAGGGAAAAAAUAUUCCAAAGGUUGAAAAGGACACUGAGCGAGCAAUGAAACUUAAUGCGGACAGGAUUCCAAAAGCUGCAUCAACAGAGAGCAACAUUGUUUCAAAAUUUGAAUGUGUUGAAGCUGGUAGGGUAGACUGUGACGGGGAAAAACAGAAUAGCAGAAUGUGCAAACAAGGAUCUGGCAAAUUAGAGAAUACCAAUUCUAGUAAAUUUGGGCACACAAACACUGGAGAAUCAAACAAGAGGGAUGGUUUCUCCACGGAUGAGAGUGCAGAAUAUAUUUCAAAGAAACCUCGAUUAGGCAGUGGCUCAUUGAAGCUGUCUUCAAUGGUAAAGUGUAACAAUCCUGCACGUGAUAAGAUCCGAGAGCUUAUUGCAGAAGCCUUUGCGCGAGUUUCUAAGGAAACAGCUGAGAGCAAAUUAGAUGAAGUGAGGAACAUCCUGGAUGAAGUUGAUGCAUCUGACCCUAUUCGUGUAGCUGUGUCUAUGGAAUCUGCUUUAUUUGAGAAGUUAGGCCUCUCAACUGGUUCUCAAAAACACAAAUACAGGUCUAUAAUGUUCAAUUUGAGGGACAACAAUAACAAAGACUUCCGACGAAGAGUCCUCCUUGGUCUUGUAAAGCCACAGGACAUAGUUACUUUGGCUCCAGAAGACAUGGCUAGCGACGAGAGGAAACAGGUGAAUAAACAGAUAAAAGAGAAGGCCUUGUUUGAAUGUGAAAGAGGAUCAGCUCCUAAAGCAACGACUGAUCAGUUCAAAUGCGGGCGGUGUGGGCAAAGGAAGACCACAUACUAUCAAUUGCAAACACGUUCCGCUGAUGAACCAAUGACUACUUUUGUAACUUGUGUAAACUGCAACAACCAUUGGAAGUUCUGUUAAUGAAUCAACAUCACCGUUUGCUUUGUUGCGGUAAUUAGGUGAUGCAGGCAUCCAGAGACUGCAUACUAUCAAUUAAACUUGUGCAGCUGUUGAGCUGAUGACUAAUUUCAGAACUUAAUCAAUUGACCUCCUGCCAA